UUGUGUUAUGUCGUGGCUUUGACGUUAUGUGCAUUCUUUGCAGUGCUGAAAUGGAACAACAUGAGGUACUCAAAGAAAGGAAUGCCUCCUGGAUCAUUGGGUUUCCCUUUUGUUGGUGAGACUCUCAAAUUUCUUAAACAAGGUCCAGAUUUCAUGAAAGGACGCAGAUCAAGAUAUGGAAAUCUUUUCAAAACUCACGCAUUAGGGUCCCCUAUGGUUGUUAGCUUAGAUCCUGAUGUCAAUAGAUACAUACUCGUGAAUGAAGCAAAAGGCCUAGUUCCUGGCUACCCCAACUCCAUGAGGGAGAUACUAGGCACUAACAUUGCUGAGGUUCAUGGUGCCACGCAUAAACGAAUUAGAGGCUCACUAUUAUCUGUCAUUGGUCCAAUUGCAGUUAAGGAUCGUAUUUUGCCAAAAGUUGAUGACUUCAUGAGGUCUUACCUUCACAGUUGGGAUGGUAAAACAAUUGAUCUGCAAGAAAAAACUGUAGAGAUGGCAUUCUUUAUUUCCAUGAAAGCGGUUGUAGAAAAUGAGCCAACCUCUUUCCUCAAGUCCUUUAAAGCUACAUUUGAUAACAUGGCAUUAGGAACAAUAUCUUUGCCAAUUAAAAUUCCUGGAACGGAUUACUUUCGAGCACUUAAGGCUAGGGAAAAAGUGGUUCCAAUACUAAGAGAGCUCUUAGCCAAGAGAAGAGCUUCUUCGACUACUCAUGAUGACAUUCUUGAUCAUUUUUUGAAAAAUGAGGAUGGAGGACACAAACUUGAUGAUGAUGAAAUAAUUGAACAAAUAAUCACAAUCUUGUAUUCAGGUUAUGAAACGGUAUCAACUACUACAAUGAUGUCUAUCAAAUACCUAUAUGAUAACCCAAGUGUUCUUGAGGCAGUAAGGGAAGAGCAUUUUGCAAUCCAGCAAAAGAAAAUGCCUACGGAACGAAUCAACUGGGAUGACUACAAGAAUAUGAGGCUAACUCGUGCGGUGAUACUUGAAACCAUGAGAUUAGCUAAUGUUGUUGCUGGAGUGAUGAGGAGGACCACUAGUGAUAUAGAAUUGAAUGGCUUUAUCAUUCCUAAGGGAUGGAGAAUUUAUGUCUACACAAGGGAGACUAAUUUUGAUCCCAUCCUUUAUCAAGAACCUUUUACUUUUAAUCCAUGGAGAUGGCUGGAGAAAGGCUUGGAGUCUCAUAAUCAUAACAUGCUAUUUGGAGCAGGAGGCAGGGUGUGUCCUGGAAAAGAAUGGGGCAUACUUAAAAUCAGUUUUUUCCUUCACUACUUUGUGACUAGAUACAGGUGGGAGGAAGCAAAGACAAACAAAAAGCUUUUGAAAUUCCCGAGAGUGCUAGCACCGGAAGGACUACACGUAAGGAUCACAAAGUACUAGAGAAAGGAUAUUGAUUUUCAGAAUUCAAAUAUUUGAUCCAUACCAUGUCAAGAACUUGUAUAAGAAGUUCUUACAUUA